AUGCCCUCCAACGAGAAGUCGGGUCACCCGACGACCCUUCGGUACAAUGAGAAGCCCGUCUACACCACCUCCAACGGCGCCCCCAUUGGCAACCCCCAGGGCUGGCAGCGUACCGGGCCCUUGGGUCCUCUGUUGCUGCAGGACUUCCACCUGAUCGAUGCCCUCUCUCACUUUGACCGUGAGCGAAUCCCCGAGCGCGUCGUUCACGCCAAGGGCGCCGGUGCCUACGGCGAGUUCGAGGUCACGCACGACGUCAGCGAUCUCACCUCGGCCGACAUGCUCAACGGCGUUGGCAAGAAGACCAAGGCCGUUGUGCGCUUCUCUACCGUCGGUGGUGAGAAGGGCUCCCCAGACUCUGCUCGCGACCCCCGAGGCUUCUCCAUGAAGUUCUACACCGAGGAGGGCAACUGGGACUGGGUCUACAACAACACGCCCGUCUUCUUCCUCCGCGAUCCCACAAAUUUCCCCCUCUUCAUCCACACUCAGAAGCGCAACCCUCAGACCAACCUGAAGGAUGCCACUAUGUUCUGGGACUACCUCUCCACCCACCAGGAGGCCGUCCACCAGGUCAUGCAACUCUUCUCCGACCGCGGUACCCCCUACUCCUAUCGCUUCAUGAAUGGCUACUCCGGUCACACUCACAAGUGGACCAAGCCCGACGGCUCCUUCGUCUACACCCAGGUUCACCUCAAGACCGACCAGGGCAUCAAGACCUUCACUGACGCCGAGGCCGGCAAGAUGGCCUCGGAGAACCCCGACUUUGCCACUCAGGAUCUCUUUGAAGCCAUUGAGCGCGGCGAGUUCCCUAGCUGGACCGUUUACGUCCAGGUACUCACCCCCGAGCAGGCUGAGAAGUUCCGCUGGAACAUCUUUGACCUGACUAAGGUUUGGCCGCAGAAGGAUGUCCCUUUGCGACCAUUUGGCAAGCUCACCCUCAACCGAAAUGUUCAGAACUACUUCGCCGAGAUUGAGCAGGUCGCUUUUUCCCCUUCUCAUCUUGUCCCCGGUAUUGAGCCCACUGUCGACCCCGUCCUGCAGGCCCGUCUUUUCUCUUACCCCGACACACAUCGCCACCGUCUCGGCGUCAACUACCAACAAAUCCCCGUCAACUCUCCUCUACACGCCUUUAACCCCUUCCAGCGGGACGGCGCCAUGUCUAUCCACGGAAAUUAUGGGAAGAAUGCAAACUACCCUUCAACUUACCGUCCCAACACAUAUCAGCCUGUAUCGCCUGUCAACACUCAAGAGCACUGGGCUGGUUCAGCUGUCCACGCACUUUUCCAAGAGGUUAACGACGACGACUUCGUCCAGGCCAAGGGUCUUUGGGAUGUCCUCGGCCGCACUCCUGGUCAGCAGGAUAACUUUAUUGGAAACGUCUCGGGUCACCUUUCCGGUGCUCAUUCGGAUACUCGCAAGCGAACCUACGGCAUGUUCUCGCGCGUCGACGCCCGCCUCGGGGCCAAGAUUGAGGAACAGACGGAGAAGCUUGCCAAAUAG